CUGCCCCCUUCUCGUCCAUUUUAAGCGGGUGAGUGGCCGACAAUUAAAACAAAAUAGGGCAGCUGGGUUUCGCCCGCCGCCCGUUCCCUCUACCAACCUUGUAGUUACCGGGCCCAUUGCCGGGGCCGGCCUCUUUGGCUGUCGUUCGCCCUCCCCUCUAGCACCGUCUGUGAGGAUCUGUAAUCACCGGCCUUGGGUUCAGGCAUUAGAGUCCCUGAGCUGCCCUGUCUGAGCGCCGAGGAGGGUUGAAGCUACGCUGUUAUCACCAACAAGGCAAGGUCAAUGUUAACGAGAUGCCUUGGGUGGCAUAAGUGGGCGAAUGCGAGCAAAGAAAAGGCCAGCUAUUCUUGAAACUUCAAUGGAUAACAAUCCCCCCUUGAGAUCAUCUGGAAGACAGGUCAAAAAGAAAACUUUUGAAACUGAGGAAGAGGAAGAAGGUUGUGAAAAGAAAUAUAGGAAAUGUGAAAAAGCUGGCUGCACUGCAACACACCCUGUUUGCUUCGCAAGUGCUGCAGAAAGGUGUGCAAAAAAUGGCUACACGUCACGCUGGUACCAUUUAUCUUGUGGGGAACAUUUCUGCAAUGAAUGCUUUGACCAUUGUUAUCGCAGCCACAAAGAUGGAUAUGAAAAAUAUGCUACCUGGAAAAGAAUUUGGACCAGCAAUGGUAAAAGUGAGCCAAGCCUGAAAGCAUUCAUGUCUGAUCAGUUGGUUCCUUUCUGGGUACAAUGUACAAAACCUGAUUGUGCAAAAUGGCGUCAAUUAACAAGGGAUAUCCAGAUGACUGCAACAUCAGCAAAAACAUAUCGUUGUGGCAUGAAAACUCAUACUACAGUUAAGAGUGAAAAUACAGAUCCCUGCUCUUUGGCCGAAGAUAUGCGAGUGGGUGAAGUUGGAGAUAGCAAGUGGUACUCCAUGCUUAUUGUGCCUCCACUACUGAAGGACAGCCCAGCUGCCCCCUUUCUUGGUGCUUACUAUCCAGACUGUGUGGGCAUGAGUCCCUCCUGUGUCAACACUAACCGUUUCCACAAUGAGUACUCCAGCCUGAAGAUGAAUUCAUCAGAGCAUGGCAAAAGCAGUGUUCAGUCACCUGUUGCAGGAAUGAGUCCUUACUUCCAACCUUUCUAUCAACCCAAUGAGUGUGGGAAGGCCCUUUGUGUGAGGCCAGAUGUGAUGGAACUGGAUGAGUUGUAUGAAUUCCCUGAAUAUUCCCGGGAUCCUACAAUGUACUUAGCAUUGCGAAAUCUAAUUUUGGCUCUUUGGAACAUUAAUUGCAAAGAGGUUCUCACCCCUCAAAAAUGUGCAAACCACAUAGUUGUUCGAGGACUUGUUCGUAUUCGUUGUGUGAUGGAAGUGGAGAAGAUCUUGCAUUUUGUUACAAGAAAGGGCUUAGUUAAUACUGGGGUCCUGACAAUCAAUCCUGACCAUCCUCUCCUGCCCAGCUGUUACCAUAAGAAAAAUGUUGUUGUUAUUGGUGCUGGUGUUGCAGGCUUAGCAGCUGCACGACAGCUGCAGAACUUUGGAAUUAAGGUGAUGGUGCUAGAAGCCAGAGAUCGGAUUGGUGGACGUGUGUGGGAUGACCACUCUCUUGGUGUGACAGUGGGAAAAGGAGCACAAAUUGUUAACGGCUGCAUUAACAAUCCCAUAGCACUAAUGUGUGAGCAACUUGGAAGCAAGAUGCACAGACUGGGGGAUAGAUGUGACCUGAUAGAAGAAGGUGGAAAGGUGGUUGACCCUGCCAUUGACAAGUCCAUUGACUUUCAUUUCAAUGCCAUGCUGGAUGUUGUGGCGGAGUGGAGGAAGGACAAGAAGCAAUUUCAAGAUGUUCCUCUUGGAGAAAAGAUUGAAGAGAUCUACAAAACUUUUAGCCAAGAAUCUGGCGUCCAGUUCAGUGAUAUAGAAGCCAAAGUGCUACAGUUUCAUCUUGGUAAUCUUGAAUAUGCCUGUGGUAGUAAUUUGCAACAGGUGUCUGCUCGUUCCUGGGACCACAAUGAGUUUUUUGCCCAAUUUGCAGGUGAUCAUACACUCUUCACAUCAGGUUACUCGUCUGUCAUCAAUAAACUAGGUGAUGGUCUGGACAUACGACUCAAUACACCAGUAGUGUCCAUUGACUACUCGGGUGAUGAUAUUUGUAUUGGAACAGCUAACGGAACAUUAUGGACAACACAGAAGGUUUUGGUUACUGUUCCUUUAACUUUACUUCAGAAAAACACUAUUCAAUUUUAUCCACAUCUAUCUGAAAGGAAAAUUAAAGCCAUCAACAGUCUCGGCCAAGGGGUAAUUGAAAAGAUUGCCUUACAGUUUCCAUAUAAAUUCUGGGAGAAGAAAAUACAGGGAGCAGACUUCUUCGGUCAUAUUCCUCCCAGUCCUGACAAACGUGGACUUUUUGGUGUAUUCUAUGAUAUGGAUCCACAAGGCAAACAUUGUGUCCUGAUGUCAGUGAUCAGUGGAGAUGCAGUGGCUGUAAUACGGGAUAUGCAAGAGGAACAAGUGACUGAACUAUGCAUGAAUGUCCUCAGAGAACUUUUUAAAGAACAGGAAGUUCCAGAUCCAAUCAGAUACUUUGUUACACAGUGGAACAAGGACCCUUGGACACAAAUGGCUUACAGCUUUAUAAAGGCAGGCGGAAGUGGUGAAGCUUAUGAUAUAAUUGCUGAAGAUAUACAAGGAAAAGUUUUUUUUGCUGGUGAGGCAACAAAUCGACACUUUCCACAAACUGUUACAGGGGCGUACCUCAGUGGAGUCAGAGAAGCUAGUAAAAUUGCUGCAUUGUAAAAGAUGUUUUGUAUAUGGGAUUGAUUGAAAAUGCUGUAUGUGGAAGGUACUGCUCUUGUUUAAAAAAAAUGCUGCUAAAUUCUGUAAUGGUAAGUUCCUGUGCUUUAACUUCAAGGAUGAAGAGUUGCAGACCAAGAAUGAAAACUGAUUAAAACAUUCAAAUAGAGUACAAAAAUUGGUUAAAUUUUCAGCAACUAUUUACAUUAUAAAUAAAGGCAAUAAACCCACAACUUAGAACCUUUUAACCAAGUCAUGAAACAUAAGCAUCAGUUCAAAAGAAUACAAAAAAUACUGAAUAGCUUUCAUAACACUUAAAUGUUAAUGAGAUUGUAUGGCUAAAGAGAAGCCAGGAUUUGUAAAAUUUGAACUAUUCAGUUAUUUUUGCAGAAUUACUAAUAUUGGAUUCUAGCAAUCCAUUAAUAGUUGCUGCAAGGGUAACCAAAAGGUUUGGAAAUAUAACAAGGAUUGCUUUUUUUUUUGCAGCAAAUCUAAUUUCUAUCCUGGUGUCAAUGAUUUUCUUGAAACUUUAGUUAAUUGUUUGCAGUGAUAAGCAAAACAAUGUGCACUUAUAACCAGGAUAUAAUUAGCUCAGUCAAGUAAACAGUGUGCAAAAUGUUCAGUUUGGAUAAUCAUUAGUGUUUUUAAAAUGGUGCUAGGCAGCAGUUUUGUUACUUCAGAAACUGAGCUAACAUCUUCACAUCUAUGCUUUACAACAGGAAAAUGAAGAUGCAACUUGCAUUUUACAGUCCAAAAUCCAUCUAGUUACUGUUGUUAAAACUCAUGUCAGUUUAAAAAUGUGCAAAUAACACUGCCUUUUACUUCUAGUCAACUUGAGUGCUAUUAAUCUAUUGCUUGUAAAAUGUACUGAGAUGACAAGUACAAUUCUUUCACUGCCAAAACUAAAUCUUUGAUUUUAUUUAUAGUGAGAUUUUGUAGAUCUACAAAUGUAAGGCUUGUAUAUAUUGAUGUAAAUGUUUCAUUUUGGUGGAAUUGCCUCCUUUGUGUCUAUACUAUCUACAAAUGGUUGAGCUAUAAUGCCAGUUUGCCUUUGGGGUAAUUUAAACUAUAAACAAUCUCAGGUACUGCAUUCUCAGCCUUCCUCAUUCCACCAGUUAAUUACUAGAUUGAAAACUCAUUUGUAAUUUGAAAUUACCUCACAAACUUGUUCUUCAGCAACCUGAUCCAAAAUUUCAGUUUUAGCAUGCUAUACUGUACCACUGCAAUAUUGUAUGCAAUAUCUGACCUAUAAUUCUGGUUUGCAUAAUGGUAACAAAGCUUUCCUAAAUUGAAGCUGUUUGUUUUCCAGUACAAAAUUCCUAGUUUUGUUCUGAAGUUGCUCAAUUCUGAUUAGAUUAAAACACCAAUGCUGAAUAUCAAGAAUUGAUAUUAAGAGGACUCCCAUUGUAUCAGGUAAAUUUAACUAUUCUGAACAGGUGUAUAAUGAUCGAAUGAGUUCGCAACAAGAUGGAUGUUCUUUCCAUUUGGAAAGAUUCUGUAAGUUGGUCAUACUCUUUAUAAAAGAAUUUAAAAGAA